AUGACAACUAAAUCUAGUGUUGUGUCGGCAGUGAAUAGUAAAGAUAUGAUAGAAACAAAUAAACCUAAGAAUGAUGAGAAAUCUAAAAAAUCUCAUCCAUCAACGGCUACAAUGGUUCAUGCAGCUAUUUCUACAUUAAAUGAUCGUCAAGGAUCUUCUAUUCCAUCAAUUAUGAAAUUUAUAGAAUCUAAUUACCAGGUUGACAUACAGAAAUUGAAAGUACAUAUGAAAAAGUAUAUGAAAAAUGCUGUAGCUCAAGAACUUUUGGUUCAAACCAAAGGCCAUGGAUUUACUGGAUCAUUUAAGUUGCCAUCUAAAUCGAAAAAAGUAAAAAGUGAUCCAACAAAAGUUGAAACCAAAUUACCUAACAAGCAAACGGUUCCAGAGAGUGUAAAGAUACCUAAAACGGAUACUACAACUAAGAAAUUAAAGAAAUCCUUAAAAACAACACCGACUAAAAUGAAUACAGUUGAAACCAAGGUAAAAGCCACGAAAAAAUCUCAGAAAAAAGUGUCAGUUCUUAAGGAAGUAGGUGUAAUUAAAAAACCAAUCCCUUUAACACCCGAAAAUGUGAAUGAUAAUUUGAAAAGUUCUUCGAAAACCAAGAAAAUAAGAUCACCAGUUGCAAAGAAGACGCCCAGGCCAAAGAGAAUUACAAGAACAAAAGCUACAAAUUAA